AUGGCAAAACGACUGAGCUCAAGCUGGCUUCGUCGCCUACAACAGCAAACCAGGCGACCCUUCUCGACCACGAUACGCCCACAUACCGACGGUGUCUUUCGCGCCUUGACAGAGAACAGAAUCCAAACUCCCUGGAUCGAUGCGCUACGAGAAAAGGAGCGUGGUGGUCACGACCCUUCGAAGCCUUCUGGAAAGCCAGAGACACCCAAUGACCGCGACCUCUCGCCGAAACGCAUGAGCGACAGCUACCACAGCGUUGUCCUGCCUCUCGCUCGCGAACCAUGGUUACUCGAUACAUACGCCAACUCCAGCGGUCACAUCCGUCUGGGUACGCUGUUUAUGGAUCUUGAUGCAUUGAGUGAAGGAGUCACAACAGUCACGGCCGCCUGCGAUCGCAUCGACAUCAAGCACCCUUUGACAGAAAUCUCCGACCUCGAGUACAGCGGACGCGUCACCUAUGCCACUGGCCGCUCGAGUAUGGAAAUUUCAUUGCAAGUCGCAAAAGCACCAAAAGAGGGGGAGACUGUCAAGCCUGAAGAUGUCUUGUUGACGUGCCAGUUCACCAUGGUUUCGCUCGACCCCGGCACCAAAACGCCUGUAAACAUUCCCGCCAUUGCUCCAGAGACGGAAGAGGAGAAAGCCAUCUUUGCACAAGGCGAGAAGAACAGCGCCCACCGCAAAGAUCUCAAGAAGCGCUCGUUGAUCAAACAGACACCCAACGACGAAGAGUCCGAUCUCAUCCACGCAAUGUGGCAGAAACAGCUACAAUACCACGACCCCAUGGAUCCCGUACGCAAGCCCGACAAUGUCUUUGAAAUGGAGCAGACUCGUCUGUCCACUGCUGCUAUCAUGCAACCACAAUACCGAAACAGACACCACUUUAUGAUUUUCGGUGGCUUCCUCCUGAAGCAAACCUUCGAACUGGCCUUCUGCGCCGCCGCCAGUUUCGCCCAUUGCCGACCCACCUUCGUCUCGCUCGAUCCUUCGACCUUCCAAAACCCCGUCCCUGUCGGCAGUGUCCUCUAUCAGACAGCUACUGUCGUCUACACGGAUCCUCCAAUCGUCUCAGGCCAAGCCGACAAACCCGACUCGGAUGGAGACAAGAAACAAAAGUACACACGGAUUCAGGUCAGAGUCGACACAAAGGUCCGCGACGUCGAGCACGGCACUGCCAAACCGACCGGCCAAUUCAACUACACGUUCACAGUCGAACGCGACAUCAAAGUCAUGCCGAAGUCAUACUCCGAGUUCAUGAUGUAUAUCGACGCACGCAGAAGAGCAAUGAGGAUAAGAGACAGUGUCGAGCACGACAAUAUCGACUCCGGCGCGAAGGAUCGGGUGACAGAAUAA